ACAUGAAUCCCCCAUAGGGACCUUAAGAGGAUGAACCCUGUUUUUCAUUGGUAUUGGAUGGGUUUUUAUUGGGAUCCAGUUCGCGGUCUGUCAUGGUGACUCUUCUGCUCUCCAAACUCUGCCAAGGCUGGUGUUGCUGGGGCGUUAACUGCCUUAACUGCCUUUCUUCCCCGCAGUGAGCUUUGAUUUCUGGCCGCCAGUCUCUCAUCAAACACCCAGCCCCAGCUCUCCCCUCCCUUGCUGGCAUCAGUAUUGCCGAGGCUGUUGCCGCUGUGGCUGCCCCCAGCAUAGCCAGGUUCCGUAGCUCCCUUGCCUUGCAGUUGCCCCUUUAAGGAACCAGGCCCAGACCUGCUGAUGCUUCUGCAGAAGCUCCCCUGGGCCGAUAAGCAGGAGGACCGGAGCAGUGAUGUCAUCGGCAGCCUCCCCAGCCACAACGCAGGCUCCUUGAGCCGGAGAGAUGCUGCUGCUGCUGCUGCUGCUGCAGGAGAGACAGCAGCCAGAGCCUGGGCCUAGGAAGCACAGCUUGUUCUCAAGCAGUUCUUGAGAAGGGAUGCUGCCCCCUGCUUCAUCACAGGGAAGUCAAGACUUCUAGAAUCAUAGAUUUAAGCGUUUAUCAUGGCUCUGGGAAGACGUGCCUUCCAAUGUGGGACAUUCAGCUUCCAACAAGCUCUCAUUGCUCUUCUUGGCUGAUGAAUGGAGAGCUGGGAUGCUCCGAUCCUCCUUUACGGCCACACCUGAGCAGUUCUUCAGACUCAGGGCAUGAGACUUUAAGACUUGGGUUUAAGAGGAAGGAAAGAGUUCUCAUACAGGAACGUCCACUGACCUUCCUUUCCUAGGAUGAUCCCUCCUACGACUGGGACCCCUCCUCCAAGUGAGGUUCUCUUCCCUCCGUUGGCUUCUCAGGAAUUCUGGAGGUCACAGGUCUCCGGGUACUCGGGAACUGUGACUCGGCACAUCAGCCAUCGAGCCAACAACUUUAAGAGACACCCUAAGAGGAGGAAACACAUCCGCCCCUCUCCACCUCCACCUCCAAAUACACCCUGUCCUAUAGACCUGAUUGACUUUGGGGACUUGCACCCUCAGAGGUCCUUCCGGGAGCUGCUGUUUAACGGCUGCAUCCUCUUUGGAAUUGAGUUCAGCUACGCCAUGGAGACAGCAUAUGUGACCCCUGUACUGCUCCAGAUGGGAUUACCUGAUGAGCUCUACAGCAUGGUCUGGUUCAUCAGUCCAAUUCUAGGAUUCCUACUGCAGCCUUUGCUGGGUGCUUGGAGCGACCGGUGCACUUCAAGGUUUGGAAGGAGACGGCCUUUCAUUCUGGUGCUGGCUAUAGGUGCACUCCUGGGCCUUUCACUUUUACUGAAUGGGAGAGACAUUGGCCUAGCUCUGGCAGACACUGUCAGUAAUCACAAAUGGGGCAUCAUUCUCACUGUGUGUGGGGUGGUCCUCAUGGAUUUCAGUGCUGACUCAGCAGACAACCCGAGCCAUGCCUACAUGAUGGAUGUCUGCAGUCCUGUGGAUCAGGACAGAGGACUCAACAUCCAUGCCCUCUUAGCAGGCCUCGGAGGCGGCUUCGGCUACGUUGUUGGAGGAAUAAAUUGGGACGAGACCAGUUUCGGCCGAGCAGUGGGUGGGCAGCUGCGAGUCAUUUAUGUCUUUACUUCUGUCACCUUGAGUAUCACCACCGUGCUGACGCUCAUCAGCAUUCCCGAGAGGCCCCUACAGCCCUUUAGCAAGAAGAAAACUGUGAUGAAGAGCCCGAGCCUCCCUCUCCCUCCCUCUCCCCCUGUCUUAUUUGAGGAAGGCACCACAGACAACCUGGGCUCUCAGAACGCAACUCACUUCUAUGCAAGCUUGACCAGCCCCAUUUCUCCUCUGAGCCCUCUCACCCCCAAAUAUGGCAGCUUCAUCAGCCGGGACAACUCGUUGACUGGGAUUAAUGAGUUUGCGUCCUCCUUUGGGACUUCCAAUAUCGACAGUGUCCUCAUCGACUGCUUUACGGCAGGGCACGACAACUACCUGGCCCUCCCUGCUAGCUUACCCAGGCAGACCAUCAGCGUCAGUUUCCCAAGGGCACCUGAUGGCUUCUACUGUCAAGAAAAUGGGAUUCUGGAGAGAGGGGCGGUCUCAAUGACUCACGGGCCGGAAGGAGAUGCCUUAAGGGUGGGCUCUUUGGAUGCACCAAAGCCUCGGUCAUCUGGGAUUCUGAAAAGGCCUCAGACAUUGGCCAUCCCAGACUCCGUGUUAGGAAGUUGUCCAGAAAGUAGCAGGAGAAGGAAUGUGACCUUCAGUCAACAGGUCGCUAAUAUUUUACUCAACGGUGUAAAAUAUGAGAGUGAACUGAAUGGCUCUGGAGAGGUCUCCGAGCAGUCACUUUCCAUCCGGCGCCUUUGUUCUACCAUCUGCCAUAUGCCCAAAGCUCUUAGAAAUCUCUGCAUCAACCACUUCCUGGGGUGGCUCUCAUUUGAAGGCAUGCUGCUUUUCUACACUGACUUUAUGGGAGAGGUGGUCUUCCAAGGGAACCCCAAAGCCCCUCACACUUCAGAAGACUAUCAGAAAUACAAUGCCGGAGUCACCAUGGGGUGCUGGGGGAUGUGCAUCUAUGCAUUCAGCGCAGCAUUUUAUUCAGCAAUGCUAGAAAAGCUAGAAGAAUACUUCAGCAUUCGCACCCUGUAUUUCAUUGCCUAUCUUGCCUUUGGAUUGGGGACAGGUCUUGCCACACUCUCCAGGAAUAUCUAUGUGGUUUUAUCACUAUGCAUAACAUAUGGGAUAUUAUUUUCUACCCUCUGCACCCUCCCCUAUUCUCUGUUGUGUGAUUACUACCAGAGUAAAAAGUUUUCAGGGUCAACCGUGGAUGGCACCAAGCGCGGAAUGGGGGUGGACAUCUCCCUCCUGAGCUGUCAGUACUUUCUGGCUCAGAUUCUUGUGUCCAUCAUCAUGGGACCAUUGACCUCAGUGGUUGGCAGUGCCAAUGGGGUAAUGUACUUCUCCAGCCUUGUGUCUUUCAUCGGCUGCUUGUACUCCUCCCUUUUUGUCAUUUAUGAAAUUCCUCCGAGUGAGGAGUUAGAAGAGGAGCACCAGCCGCUUCUGCUGAACAUCUAACGCCCGGAGAACCUCUGUUUUGGGACUCACACUUGUAACGCGGGCAUUUGGAAAAAGGGCUAGUUAAGAGUUGACCAACAGAAUGACCGGAUUGCCUUGGCCAGCCUCCUCAACCGUUGUACAAGUGGAAAGAUUUCCUAUUGGAAUGUAAAUAUGUGAGAAGACAAUAAAUGAUAGCAAAAAAAAAAGCAGACAAAAAUAAAA